AUGAGUUUCGGUCAUUUUCUCAAGCGCCUCUCCAGCGAAGUCGACACUCGCGCGGCCGAUGACGCUGACGAGGCCGACGAGGCCGGCGAGGCCGGCUUCUUCGUGCGGCCCGGCCGCCUGCUCGACACGGUCGUCUCCAACGCCAAAGCGGGCGGCGGCAACCUCGUCGCCGACCUCACGAGUCGCCUCGACCUCUCCUCCCGCCUCGGCGGGUUGACGCGGCGCGCCUCCGUCGACCAACCGGCCGCCCAACCGCCCCACGGACCCGCCUCGGCCGAAGCUGUCGGCCCAGCCCGGCGGUCGGCCGUCGACGUCGUCCAGGCCGACCCGUCGCCGGUGACGACGACGACGACGGCGACAGUCGACACCAUCAGUCACCGGCUGGGCCGCCUGACGACGCAGGCGGAGAAAGAGAAAGAGGGCGAAGCCUGUUGCCGGCCGGUACGGCCGCCGCGGGGCCCCAACCCGAACCCUUUCGACGAGGCGGCGCCGAGACACCAACACCAACACCAACAGCAGCAACAGCAACAGCAACCUCGGCGCGCCUCGGACGUCCGUCCUGCCAGCGUCCAGCGGCCCGUCAAGCCGCCCGCCCCGAGGCUGGCGCCCAUGUUGGUCCGCCAGGCGACCAGCCCGGCCGCCGGCCCCCACCACAACGCAGGCGCCCCCCUGCGACCACCGCCACCUCCGCCGCAGCCAAUCGGCGGCAGUCUCGACUUGGGCCACAUGUUCCCCGCCGACCGGGAGGAGGCGUUGCGUGCCGAGCUCUUCGCCUCCAGACGACAACCCUCCACAAGCACCAACGCCAACGCCAACGCCAACGCCAACGUCGAUGCCAACGUCGUCGCUGAACCCAUCGACUUGGCGCGUCUGGCUCCGGUGAUCUCACGCGCCGAGGUUGAAGAGGACAUCCAGCGCCUGACCAGCCUGCAGUGCCGCGAGAUCGUCUCGGCCGUCGACACGAUGAUCGCGGUCGACAUUGAAGAGGCCGGUCUCUUCUGCCUGCCUGGCCGGCGACCUGGCAGCCGAGGCAGCGCCACGCCACAAGGCAAUGUCGAGACGGCGGCGGCGGCGGAGUUGGGACGCAGAGCCGAAAACAACAACAACAACAACGAAGACGACGGCGGCGACGAUGAGGAAGAGAAAAAUGAAGAGGGCGAGAGCUCGGCCUCGGAGUACGGCGAAUCAGGCGCCCGGCCAGUCUACGCCGCGGAGGGGUGGCUCGAGGAGGCGGAGAACGAGCAAAUUGGCCACAGCCUCGGCAAGCCGGAGGAGGAGAAAGCGCACGAGUCCGAGGCGGCUGUGGAAAGGGGGCCAGAGGCGGAGGAAAGGGGCAACUUUGUUGCCGCCUUUUUGGCCGACCUGCUGGCGGGCAGUCUGAAGCUGUGGACGGAGAGUGUGUCCGCGGGAGUUUGUGAAGAAGAGCCCGAACAAAAGUGUGCCCUUGGGCCAGAAGGAGGCCGACUCAAAUCCCACUUUGGUGUCGAGUUCGCCUCCAUUUCAGGCGAACGUGUGUGUGAUGAAGGCACUCGUGUUGGUCGAUCCGAUCAGAAUGUGCCGUCUGACUCCUCUCGACAACCUCGGACCAGGCUAACGAGUCAAGUGAACUCACUGACUCAUCCAUGCAUGUUGUCUCUAUACCCUAAAACCAUGCAUUUUGGUAAGGUGUAA